CCUGGGGUAGACGUCACCUUUUUAGUUUCAAUUUUAUAUUAUAAAAUCUGUUUAAAUUAAACUAAACACUUACGGAAUUUUAACAAUGCUAUCAAUCCGUCUCCUACCAGCGUUUGCCUUUAUAAUUACCGUUUCGCUUAGCUAUGCUUCCGCUUUAUAUUUCCGUCCAAUUUUCGGCACUCCUACACUUAAGGAGCUUACUCUUUAUUAUGGCAGGAAUAGAGAAGGCAAAUGCGUACGUUUUAAGAUACCCAAAAACGAGACACGAGGAGGCAUUCUCACUUAUGCAUCAUUCCGCUACAAAAACAGAGUACCUUGCUUACCUGAUAUAAAAUCUAGUUUUUAUGUGAGUGGUGAUGAACAGUACAAAAAAUUAUUGUUUCAAGCUAAGAAAGAGCAAAAAGAGGAAGACGAAAAGCAAAAGGAAAAAGAUCGAAUUAGAGCGAUAAAGGAAAAAGCUGAAAAAAUGGAAAAGGAAUGGCUUCGAUCAAAAGAAAUCCUGACUUUAAAAAACAAAUUUUUAGUUGAAGUACAGAUAAAGAAAAAAGAAAGAGAAAGAGACCUAGUGAUUACAAUUUCCGAAGCAAAAAGAAAAGCGGAAGAGGAAAGACUUCGAGAAAAAGAAAGUCGGUAUUAGAAUAAAAGUCAACUAAAAUAUUGUUAAAUACAUCUAUUUCUGUUAAAAUGCAAGCGCUCUAACUAUUUUAGAUAUUCUUUCAGUGGAGGACGUCAAAAAAAAAAAAAA